GGGGAUGGGGUGGUCGCGAUGCAGGGAGGGCGACAGGGUCCAGGCCGUGCUCAUAAGGUUGGAGCUGUACUCUCAGCUACUCGGGGCUGGUCCUUGAUUUUGGCUGCGCUCGCGCACGCUCCCCCUUUUCUGGCCGCCAGGUCCCGCCUUCUAAAUUUCCCCAGGUCUCCAGGCCGCUAGAACUUUCUCUUCCGAACGUGGCCCCGCCCUCUCCACACAUGAUUGACCCUAAGUUCCGGGCCUCAGUUUUCAUUGGAUAAGCGGUCGCUGCGCGGGGCGCAGGUGACUAAAUUUCGACGGGGUCUUCUCACUGGCUUCGUUCAGUUGGCCACUGCUGAGCUGCUGAGAAGGUGGCGACGUAGGGGCCAUGGGGCUGGGCGGGGUCCUGCUGUUUCUGGCCGUCGCCUUCCCUUUUGCAGCCCCGGCAGCUGCCGCUGAGCCCCACAGUCUUCGUUACAACCUCACGGUGCUGUCCCAGGAUGGAUCUGUGCAGUCAGAGUUUCUCGCUGAAGGACAUCUGGAUGGUCAGCCCUUCCUGCACUAUGACAGGCAGAAACACAGGGCAAAGCCCCUGGGACAGUGGGCAGAAAAUGUCCUGGGAGCUAAGACCUGGGACACAGAGACCGAGGACUUGACAGAGAAUGGGCGGGACCUCAGGAGGACCCUGACUCAUAUCAAGGACCAGAAAGGAGGCUUGCAUUCCCUCCAGGAGAUUAAGGUCUGUGAGAUCCAUGAAGACCGCAGCACCAGGGGCUCGUGGCAUUUCUACUAUGAUGGGGAGCUCUUCCUCUCCCAAAACCUGGAGACUCAGGAAUGGACAGUGCCCCAGUCCUCCAGAGCUCAGACCUUGGCUAUCAACAUCAUGAAUUUCUGGAAGGAAGAUGCCAUGAAGACCAAGACACACUAUCGCGCUGUGCAGGCAGACUGCCUGCAGAAACUACAGCGAUAUCUAGAAUCCGGCAUAGUCCUGAGGAGAAUAGUGCCCCCCAUGGUGAAUGUCACCUGCAGCGAGGCCUCAGCGGGCAACAUCACCAUGACAUGCAGGGCUUCCAGCUUCUAUCCCUGGAAUAUCACACUGACCUGGCGUCAGGAUGGGAUAUCUUUGAGCCACGACGCCCAGCAGUGGGGGGAUGUCCUGCCUGAUAGGAAUGGAACCUACCAGACCUGGGUGGCCACCAGGAUUCGCCAAGGAGAGGAGCAGAGGUUCACCUGCUACAUGGAACACAGCGGGAAUCACGGCACUCACCCUGUGCCCUCUGGGAAGGCGCUGGUGCUUCAGAGUCAAUGGACAGACUUUCCAUAUGUUUCUGCUGCUAUGCCAUGUUUUGUUAUUAUUAUUAUUCUCUGCGUCCCUUGUUGCAAGAAGAAAACAUCAGUGGCAGAGGGUCCAGAGCUCGUGAGCCUGCAGGCCCUGGAUCAACACCCGGUUGGGACAGGAGACCACAGGGAUGCCGCACAGCUGGGGUUUCAGACUCUGAUGUCAGCUCCUGGGUCCACUGGUUCCACUGAGGGCGCCUAGACUCUACAGCCAGGCGGCCAGGAUUCAACUUCCUGCCUGGAUCUCACCAGCACUUUCCCUCUGUUUCCUGACCUAUGAAACAGAGAAAAUAGCAUCACUUAUUUAUUGUUGUUUGAUGCUGCAAAGUUUUAGUAGGUAUGAGGUGUUUGCUGCUCUGCCACGCAGAGAGCCAGCAAAGGGAUCAUGACCAACUCAACAUUCCAUUGGAGGCUAUAUGAUCAAACAGCAAAUUGUUUAUCAUGAAUGCAGGAUGUGGGCAAACUCACAACUGCUCCUGCCAACAGAAGGUUUGCUGAGGGCAUUCACUCCAUGGUGCUCAUUGAGGUUAUCUACUGGGUCAUCUAGAGCCUAUUGUUUGAGGAAUGCAGUCUUACAAGCCUACUGUGGACCCAGCAGCUGACUCCUUCUUCCACCCCUCUUCUCGCUAUCUCCUAUACCAAUAAAUACGAAGGGCUGUGGAAGAUCAGAGCCCUUGUUCACGAGAAGCAAGAAGCCCCCUGACCCCUUUUUCCAAAUAUACUCUUUUGUCUUUGUCUUUAUUCCCACGUUCAUCCUUUGUUCAGUCCAAUACAGGGUUGUAGGGCCCUUAACAGUGCCAUAUUAAUUGGUAUCAUUAUUUCUGUUGUUUUUGUAUUAUUAUUUUUUUUUUUUUGAGACAGAGUCUCACUCUGUCACCCAGGCUGCAAUUCACUGGCAUGAUCUCAGCUCACUGCAACCUCUGCCUCCCAGGUUCAAGCACUUCUUUUACCUCAGACUCCCGAAUAGCUGGGAUUACAGACAGGCACCACCACACCCAGCUAAUCUUUGUAUUUUUUGUACAGACGGGGUUUCGCCAAGUUGGCCAGCCCAGUCUCAAACUCCCGACCUCAGGUGAUCUGCCUGUCUUGGCCUCCCAAAGUGCUGGGAUUACAAGAAUGAGCCACCGUGCCUGGCCUAUUUUAUUAUAUUGUAAUAUAUUUUAUUAUAUUAGCCACCAUGCCUGGCCUAUUUUCUUAUGUUUUAAUAUAUUUUAAUAUAUUACAUGUGCAGUAAUUAGAUUAUCAUGGGUGAGCUUUAUGAGUAUCUUGGUGACGUCGACUCCUGACCAGCCCAGGACCAGCUUUCUUGUUACCUUGAGGUCCCCUCGCCCCGUCACACCGUUAUGCGUUACUCUGUGUCUACUAUUAUGUGUGCAUAAUUUAUACCGUAAAUGUUUACUCUUUAAAUAGA